GCGGCGGCCGAGCGUCCCCUUCCCCGCCACCCCCUCCCCCGGCCGGGGAACGCGGAAAAGGACCCUUGCCACUUUAAGUGACUCAGGAAGUGAAAGGAGGCCGCCGGCAGGGAAAGGGAAAGCGGAACCGGGGCGGCGGGGCCAGCGGCGCGGCGAUCUCGCCGGGGCCAGCGCGAAGCAAGGCGGCGCGCGGCGCGGGGGCCGACGGGGGCGCGGGGCCGCCGCGCCGGAAGUGCCCGCGCCGGCGGAGGAAGCGCAGCGGGCGCUGAGCGGCCGAGCCGGCGGGAAGGCCUCUCGCUCCUCGGCCCGGCGGGGUCUGGCGGGAGCGCCGGCGGCAGCGGCGCCGCGGCCCCAAGCCUGCCCCGAGACCCGGCGCGGCCAGUGCCCGGGACGGGACCCGGGCGGCGCGGAGGUCGGGAGGAAGCCGCGCGGAGCCCCGGCGCCGAGCUCCGAGGCCCAGCGGCCUGGGCCGCGUCACCGCAGCCACAUGGCCUCGGGAGGGGGCGCGGCCUUCGAGGAGCUGCCGCACGACGGCACGUGUGACGAGUGCGAACCCGACGAGGCCCCGGGGGCCGAGCAAGUGUGCCGAGAGUGCGCCUUCUGCUACUGCCGCCGCCACGCCGAGGCGCACGGGCAGAAGUUCCCCAGCCACCACCUGACCCCGUACGUCCACGGCGCUGCCCAGGCCUGGACCGCCGGGGCCCCGGGGCAGGGCGACGCGAAGGAAGAAGCCGGGGCCAAGGUGGAGAAUGAGCGGGAUCUAGAGAGCGAGGUGGGGGAGGAGAGCGAGUCCGAGGAAGACAGUGAAUCGGAAGAAGAGAGCGAGACGGAGGAGGAGAGUGAGGAGGAGAGCGAGGAGGAGAGUGAAGAGGACAGUGAGGAGGAGAUGGAGGACGAGCAAGAGAGCGAAGCAGAGGAAGACAACCAGGAAGGAGAAUCCGAGGCGGAGGGAGAAACGGAGGCAGAAAGUGAGUUUGACCCAGAAAUAGAGAUGGAAGCGGAGAGAGUGGCCAAGAGGAAGUGUCCGGACCAUGGGCUCGAUUUGAGCACCUAUUGCCAGGAAGAUAAGCAGCUCAUCUGUGUCCUGUGCCCCGUCAUUGGGACUCACCAGGGCCACCAGCUCUCCACCCUCGACGAAGCCUUCGAAGAACUAAGAAGCAAAGACUCAGGCGGAUUAAAGGCAGCUAUGAUAGAGUUGGUGGAAAGGUUGAAGUUCAAGAGCUCAGAUCCUAAGGCAGUGAAGAGCAAGAGGAUGUAUACAGAUUACACUGAGUGGCUUCUGUGCAUGAUGAUAAUACAGGUAACCCGGGACCAGAUGAAGGUGUUCAUACAGCAGGAAUUUAAGAAAGUUCAGAAAGUGAUUGCUGAUGAGGAGCAGAAGGCCCUUCAUCUGGUGGACAUCCAGGAAGCAAUGGCCACUGCUCAUGUGACUGAGAUACUGGCAGACAUCCAGUCCCACAUGGACAGGUUGAUGACUCAGAUGGCCCAAGCCAAGGAACAACUUGAUACCUCUAAUGAAUCAGCUGAGCCAAAGGCAGAGGGUGACGAGGAAGGACCCAGCGGUGCCAGUGAAGAAGAGGACACAUGAAGGCUUGCCAUCCCCCGUGGAAACUCAUCCCUUCCCCCCCGUGUGUAUGUGAUGGCGUGUAUGUAGCGGCUUCUGAGUUCUGUGAAAGCUGCCCACCAACAACCGUACUUCCACCAGAUACAUCCCCAGGUCCACAACAGGCACAGAUCUCUCCAAGGGAUGACCGACUUUAUUGUUACUGACUAUGCUUUUCAUUCUCUCGUCAUGGUAGGUCAAGAAAAAGUGACCCUAUGAUCAACCAAGAACAGUUAAUUAAGAAGCAUCCUUCAGGUAGUCCUUCAAUGGCUGCUUUGAACUUACUCAGGAAAGCUAGCCCCCGUGAUAUUGUAUACUCAGACAGCAUCGCUUUAGCUGGAAGGUUCUGGAAUAAUCUUGAAGGGCAGUCAGAAUUGUUUUUCCUACCUGCUACUAAAACCCCAUUUUAUUUAUAUUGCAGCAUGGAGCAGUGGGGAGCACAGUAGGGCUCUGUAGAUAGUCUCUAAAAGUCCAGUUAUACAUUUGUGAAAAUGUGGCUCCAUGAAGUAAGAUGGGUGGCGUGAAGACGGGGUGGGAGAAGGAGUUAAAAGUUCGAAAUACAGGGAUAUUUUUAGUACAUGAGGUUAUCUGGCACUUCAGAUCCAUAAUUCAGUGCUGUGGAAAUGAAAAAAAUGAUUGAAGAGGUAGAAAGGAAAUGACUUAAAAAAAAAAAAAAAAAAAGGACCAAAGAGAUCUGAUUAAAAGUUGAAAUCAGUAUUUCUGAAACUCAAAUUGCCUGAAUUUCCAAAAUAGUCACUAAAGGAUCUGAUGGAACCUGAACAAUUUGGGUGAAUUCUGCCGGUUUUCUGGGUCUUGUUACAAUGUGAAGGCUGGGAUGUGUAUUACCAAGUGGGAAUUUUCAGUGUAUGUUUUUGUCACCCCCGCUCUAGCCCCUUUGGCCUCAUUUGGCUGAAAUGCAGUAUAGGGAGAGUCCUCGUCACUCUGGUCUGCUGAAUCAAGCCCCGUCUCUCAGCAGGCAUACCCACCUCUUCCUCCAGCUGGAACCCCUCUUCCCAUGGCACCCACCGCAGGCCUUCAGCCCUGCCCGCACACUCAGGCUCUCCCCUUUUAAGUACCAUGAGCAGAGACACGCCCCGGUGGGACUGGCAGCCUUUCCCCUCCCAAGUCCCAUUUCCUUAACAACCCAAGUUUUCUCCUCCCAAGUAAGCAGUGAUUACCAGGGAAUACAAACCUGCAAGUUAAAAAGCCUGCAUUUUCUGAAAACAUCAGUUUUACUUAACUGGUUUGGAGUCAAGGGAUCACCUUAUUUUUAGAUAAAACAGCUACAUCAUGAAA